AUGCAUGGGGGCCAUGAGGUAGAGAACCCAGCCUGCCCACACACAUACUGGUGCGCAUUGCUUGACGGGCUCAGGCUGUACUCACUCGCAACUCCGAAUGGCUGGAAGGUGGGCAUUCUGCUGGAGGAGCUCGGUGUGAGCUAUGACGCCCACGUCGUCAACAUCGGAGCUGGCAAGCAGUUUAGCUCCGGCUUUGUUGGUGCCAAUCCAAACUCCAAGAUUCCAGCAUUGAUUGAUCAUGAUGGUCCGGAUGGCAAAGCCGUAGCCAUCAUGGAAGCCGCUGCCAUCAUGAUCUACCUCGUGGAGAAGCACCGCUGCGACUUCCUUCCAACCGAUGUUAGGCUCCGCUGCGAGUGCUUACAAUGGCUCUUCUGGCAAACUGGUGGGCAGGGGCCACUGACCGGAAACUUUGGCCACUUCAAAGUUUAUGCACCCGCUCAUGAGGUGGAUGCUCGCAACUACGGAGUUGCCAGAUAUGGCAUGGAGGUCCAGCGACUUUGUUCCGUUUUGGAUCGACACCUAGCUGGGUAUGGGGACUUCACCGGCAGCCCAGAACUGCGUCCUCAAGGCCCCCGACAGUAUCUGGUUGGUAACAAGUACAGCAUCGCUGAUAUGGCCUGCUUUCCUUGGGCCUUCAUGUUGUGGGGCAAGGGCUACAAUCGCCCUGGCCAGCCAGAUGCGAAGGACUUUCUGAACGUGCACCAAUACACCCACCUCAAAGCCUGGGUGGACCGGAUUGCAGAACGACCUGCGGUGCAGCGCGGUAUCCGAGUCUGUGCAGGCUCGCCCAAACCCUGGCUGAACAAGGACAGAAAACCCAAGCUGUAG